AUGGCCGAGAUUGAAUUUACCCCCAUUUCAUAUUAUCGGGCUAUGAAAAAAAAUACACCGCAACAGUAUGCACAAAGAUUGUGGUGGUGUUUUUCUACAGCGUCGGCUAAAAUGGUUGAUGAAACGUUGACGCUUGUGGAAGACGACGUGUUUAAUAACUAUGCAACAGUUAUUGCUUAUAAUAUAAAAUAUUCCGAUAAGCAAUUUGCAGAUACUAAGUAUGUUACGGCACUACAACGUUUUUAUAAACCUAUUUCUAAGAUGCAAGUAUACGAUGAUUUUAUAUGCCGACAUUAUCCUACAAAACGUCAGGGUAUUGAUAUUUUUAAAAUUUGGCAUCCAAGUCAACGUGAAAUUAGGCUAAGGGAAAUAGACGAUGACAUUGAGGAUAGCGAGCAGACGUUGGAUGGUUUUGUGUCGCGUAACAUGCUUUACGAUUUGAAGGACGGUGAAUACGAAAUUUAUUAA